UCGGGGCGGCGCGUGACCGGCUGCCGCCGCCGCCCGCUCCGCUUGCAGCGCCCGGCCCCGCACCGGCACCGGCACCGGCACCGGCACCGGCAGGGCCGCCUGGCACUCACCAUGGCUGCAGCACUGCUGCUCACCGGGGCACUGCUCCUGGCUGCCGGGGGCCCCGCCGGUGCACGGGGGCCGGUGCCGGCGGGGCUGACCCCAGGCAGGACCCUGCAGCGGAGCGGGGACCCCCGGCACGGCCCAGCCUGGGGCCAGCGGUGGCCGGGGCUGUCCCCAGCCUGGGAAGCCUCCGGGGAGCCGAGCGGUGCCGGGGCCCCCGGGGGCGAGCGCUGGGGCGGCAGCAGCCCCGUGCGCUGGUUCCCAUCGCUGCGGGCAGGAGAGGCCGUGGGGGCACCCCCGGAGACGGAAACCAGCACGGAAGUGGCGGAGGAGAUGCUCAUCGCCGGGCAAGGACACGAGGCCAAAGGCUGGAACAGCCCCCAAGGAGGGACCUCGCUGCCCCACGGCUCUGCGCUGGGGGCACCAGGCCCUGAGGUGCCCGUGGACACGGGGCUGGGCUCCUCAGGGCCGCCCUGGGCAGGGCACAGCACCCCCAGCCCUCGGCCAACAGUGUCCACCAUCGCCAUGACCCCCGUGCCGGCAGCGGGGAUGAGCAAUGGGGUGGGGACAGAUGCCCACAGAGGGGGACAAUCAGUGGCGGAGGGACCCACAGCGGCCAUGGGCACACUGGUCCCUCUGGGCACUGGCCUUGUCUCCCACCCCAAGGGCACCAGUGCCCACACCAGCCCCGGCUCCACACAACCAUUGGGCACGCAGGGGGACUUGGGGGGUCCCCCCGUACCCUCCCUGGCUCCGCUCAGCUCUGCCUCCCGGCUGCCCCCCGCAGCCCCAUCGCUGGGGCUGGCUGAGCCCUGGACCCGGGCGUUCCCAUCCCACCAGCGCAGCACCCGCAGGGCCCCGCUCAGCCUCAGCACUGCGGGCACUGGGGAUGCAGCCCCUCGCACGGACCCCGGCCCGAUGGAACCCCAGCCUGCCCCGGGGGCUGCGCUCAGCACUGGCCCUGCACUGCUGCUCCCCAACUCCAGCAUCACAACGGACCCCCCCGGCACAGGGCUGCUGCCCGAGGAGGAUGUCGGGACCCCGCAGCGGGUCCGGGGCGCCGUGGGAGCCGUGAGCAUCCCAAAUGCCACCGAGGCCGCCCCACAGCCAACAGCACCUCCCACCGCAGGGACAAACAGCACCAGGCGCUCAGGCUUCCCAGGGACAAACCCCCCUGCCCAUGGCUCCGCAUCCCCUUCGGUCACAGCAUGGCGGGCAGCGGUGACACCACAACCAGCGCCACGGCACCCAUCCACACCAUAUCCACCACAGCCACCACAGCCGCCACAAACGCCACAGCCGAGCCACCCAUCUCCAUCACCAGGGUCCAACGGGACGGGGCUGCGCUGGGCCGAGCUGCGGCGCCAGCUGGGCUUCACCUGGGAGACCCACAUCUAUGGGGCAGCCGCCACCUUCCUGCUGCUGGCGCUGGGCUGCGUGGUGGGGCUGGCCUGGGCGGCUGCUCUGCGGCCCCUCAACCUGCCCCACAUUCUGGGGGCCCACGGGCUGCUGCUGUGCGCCUGCCUGCUGCGGGCCGCCUUCCUGCUGCUGGACCCCUACGGGGCACGGCACCGCCUGCCCCCGCGGGCGCUGCUGCUGCUCAGCACCGUGCCCUUCCCGAUGAUGCUCGGCGCCUUCGCCCUCCUCCUGCAGCGCCUGCAGCGCCUGGCGCAGCUCCGGCUGCUGCCGCCGUGGCUGCGGGGGCUGCCGGCGCUGGGGGCCGCGGCCGCGCUGCAGAGCGCGGUGCUGGGGGCCGCGGACCUGCUCCCGCCGCGGCUGGGCCCGGCCUUGGGGCUGGGGCUGCAGGGGCUGGGCUGCGGCGCGGGGGCGCUGCUGCUGCUGGGGGGGCUCUGCGGGUGCUGGCGGCUGCUGCGGGCACCGCCCGAGGACGCGGGGCGCGGGGCGCGGGCGCUGCUGGCGGCGGCGGUUGCGGGGCUGCCCGUGUGCGGGCUGCAGCUCUACAGCGCGCUGUGGCUGCGCGGGGUCCUGGGCGCCCCGGCGCGGUUCUCCCGGCCGGGCUGGGCUGCGCAGCUCUGGCUGCGGGCGGCGGAGCUGGGCACGGCGCUGGCGCUGCUGGUGGCCGCCACCGAGCCCCUGUGCUGCCGCUGCCGCCGCCGCCGCAGCCCCGCCGCUCACUCCUGCUGGGCCAAGGCGCUGCGGUUCUUCUGCGCCGGCCGCAAAGCCGAGGCGCCCGAGUACCCCAACAACUGCUACGAUUGGGCCGGCGGCGGCACCGAGCGGGGAGCGGGCAACGACAUCUCCAAGAGCCUCAUCCGCAACCCCGCGGGGCAGCUCCCGCUGCGGGCGCUCAAGGACAGCAGCGAGCCCUGGGCGGGCAGCGCCGCGGGCCCGGGGCUCAGCCCCAAGUGCCCCAACCUGGCGGCCGCCCGCUCCUGCGCCGCCUUCGAGCAGGGCUCGUCCCCGUCGCUGGGCGAGCUGGCGUUCCGCCCGCCGUCCCCCAUCGACCUGCGCCGCAGCAUCGACCAGGCGCUCUGCCGCCGCCACCUCCUGCACGACGGCCUCUUCGGGCGGCCCCGCCGCGGCUCCGGACCGUCGCUGCGGGGCUCCCCUACCCCCGCCGGGACCCCCGGCUUGGGCCGCAUGGUGAGGUGCAGCUCGCUAACGGAGCUGCCCGGCCCCCGGCACCCCGCCGGCACCGCCACCAUCACCGUCACCGCCUCCACCAGCUCGCUGGACAGCAGCUCGCUGAAGAUCAGCUGGAACCCCUGGCGCCACGGGCUGUCCUCGCCAGACAGCCUGCCCGUGGAUGAGGCACCCAGCCGGGCACCGCUGCUGCUGCCGCCCACCGGGACACCGGGAUGCGAACGGGAUGGCCCCCGCGGCUCCCCGGCCAUCGCCAAGGCAAUGGACAGCCGGAGCCUCUCCAGUGACACCAUUGAGCUGUGA